AUAGUGUGUAUGUGAUCAGUGAUCAGGGGAGCUUGAGCAUGACAGUGACCGUGUGGGUUGGGAACUAUAGUCCAUGGUGGCCAUUUCUGUAGGCCGCAAAGCAGUGUGGGAACUGUGGUUCUUGGCAGUCAUGUUUAUAGCCUGCGAUGCCUCUUGGAAGUUGUAGUGUGAUGCUGAUUCUGGUGUUGGCAUGACAAUAUGGAAUAAGCAACCAAAUAUUGAUUGUUGACUGGACUGAAACAUAAAAAAUACUAGUGCAAAGUGUCAAACAAAAGAAAUAAUUUAGAAAGAAACUGGUGCAAAGGGUUUUUGAAUGCCCUUUAACCCAUAUUGGCACCUACACAGUUUGCCAAAGAGCUUUCUGAAUAAAAUAUAUUAUUUUCCAAUUUUAAAUGCUUUAUUCCAAGUAUUAUAUAGUGUAUUUAUAUACAGUUGAAUCCAAAGGUUUACAUACACCUAGGCUAAAGACAUUCAGACUCAAUUUUUCAAACCUCCACACAUUUCAGGUUACCAGAGAUUUCCUGUGUUAAGUCAAUUAGGGUAUCUACUUUAUUUCCAUAAGAGGUCAUUACAAAACAAGUAAUAGCUAAGAGAUAGAUUUAUUUCAGCUUUUAUUUAUUAUAUCAGAUAUUCAGUGUGUCAGUACUAACACUUUGUUAAUAUUGGGUAGCACUGCCUUUUAAUUGCUUUUAACAUAGAACCAAAGGCUUGGGUUAGUCUUUCACAAGCGUCUCACGUUCGUCCUGACAGAAGUGAUGUAACUCAGUCAGGUUUGUCGGUCUCCUUGCUUGAACAUGCUUUUUCAGUUCAGUUCACAAAUUUUAUAUGGGAUUCAAGUCAGGACUUUGUGAUGGCUACUUUGUCUUAAAGCCAUUUGGAAGACAUUUUGUAAACUUGGGAAGUAUGCUUAGGAUCAUUGUCCUGAUGGAAGUUUCUACCAUGUUUUAACUUUCUGGCUGAGGUCUUGAGGUGUGGCUUCAGUAUUUCUAGGCAAUUCUCCUUCCCCAUUAUGCCAUCUAUUUUCUGAACACAACACGAUGCUGCCAUCCCCGUGCUUCACAGUUAUGAUGGUGUUCUUAGGAUUAAAAGCCUUUUUUGUUUCAUCUGACCAGAGAACACUCCUCGAAAAAGGCUGGUGAUCACUUGCAAACUGAUCACUUGUAGCCUGGCUUUUUAUGUCUGUCUUAGUGGACUGGGAAAUCAGAAGCUUCUAAAAGUCAUUACAUCAAUUUCUGAAAUCUUCCAGACUGUUUAAAAAGACAGACAACUUGUACAUAAAAUUUGGACCCACUGGAAUUCUGAAAUUUGGAAGUCUUGGUUUAAAAUGACCUCUUAUAUGAACAAUGUAGAUGCUCUGAUUUGUCAAAAGACUUGUAUGGUAACAUGAAGUGUGUAGAGUUGGGAAAAACUGAGAUUAAAUAUCUUUAGCCUAGGUGCAUGUAAACUUUUGAUCUCAACUGUAUGUGCAUGGGAAAACCAUUAACAUUUAUUCCAUACUCAAUCAAAACAAAAGAUGACCUUGACCUGUCCAUCAUAAUAAAGAGCUAUGGAAUGUGAUAGAAACUUUGGACGGCUUGUACCUUCACACUGAUAGUCUCCAGCUACAACAUUCAAUCAAUUUGGGUAUGAGAUAAGGCAAGUCAGUCCUCUCUGGGUGUUAAAUGUGACUAAGACUCUGAACUAGGGCAGAGUGCAAUCUGAAGCAAAACAUUUGCAGAGAAUAUAUACAGCCUGUAAGCUGAGUCUAGUCUGACGACUAGAGGAAUCCAGUCAGACGAGGAAGAGAUGCAGUAUGAUUAUGGAAAAAACAAGAAGGAGCACCCUGAUCCUGUAAAAGCAGAAGUAAAAGGCUCUCUUCCCGAGUGGCUGCAGGGCACCCUUGUGCGAAAUGGCCCAGGUCUCUUCUCAUUUGGAGAGACUUCUUAUAAUCACUGGUUUGAUGGAAUGGCACUCUUGCACAGUUUCACAAUCAAACAUGGAGAGGUUACAUACAGAAGCAAAUAUCUCAGAAGUGACACUUACAACAGCAACAUGGAAGCCAAUAGAAUUGUCGUUUCAGAAAUGGGGACCAUGGCAUAUCCACAUCCAUCCAAAAACAUGCUCACCAAAAUGAUCACCUUUAUCAAUCACACCAUACCAGACUUCACGGACAACUGUGCUAGUAACAUAAUAAAAUAUGGAAAUGAUUAUUAUGCCACUUCUGAAACUAAUUAUAUUCGCAAAAUUGACCCAGUGACCUUGGAGACUCAAGACAAGGUGGACUACAAGAAAUACAUUGCUGUAAACCUUGCUAUAUCUCACCCACACUAUGAUAAAGAAGGAAACAGCUACAACAUGGGAACCUCAAUUGCAGACAAGGGCAAGACAAAAUUUGUGAUAUUUAAGGUCCCUGCAGUGGAACAUGGCAAAACUGAAGCUGGAUCUGGCUGGACUCCAGCCUUGAAGAAUGCUGAGAUCAUGGCCACGGUUCCUUGCCACUCCCUCCUCACCCCGAGUUAUUACCACAGCUUUGGCAUGACGGAGAACUAUUUCAUCUUUAUUGAGCAACCCUUAAAGCUGGACAUUGUCAAAAUGGCCACUGCUUACAUGAGGGGGGUGAGCUGGGCCAGCUGCAUGAAAUUCCAUCAUGAGGAUGUCCUAAUUCACCUCAUUGACCGACACACAAAGAAAGAAGUUGAUGUGAAAUACUAUACAGACACCAUGUUGGUAUACCAUCACGUCAAUGCUUUUGAAGAGGAUGGACACGUGAUAGUUGACGUCAUCGCUUAUGAUGACUACAGCCUAUAUGACAUGUUCUACCUGGACAAGCUGAAAGAACACCCUGCAAGCAAUUCUAAUGUUAUGCCCAAGUACAAACGGUUUGUGCUGCCACUUAGUGACAAGUGUGCUGAGAAAGGAGAAAACCUGGUCAAGUUGAAAUACACAACAGCGACUGCUGUGAAAGAAAAAGAAGGAAAACUACUCUGCCAGCCAGAGGUUAUUAGCGAAGGCACUGAAGUUCCCAGAAUCAAUUACAACUACAAUGGACAGAAGCACAGAUAUGCAUAUGUGACUGAGGCGAGGACUAUAUUAGCCACAAAGAUUAUCAAGUUGGAUGUUGAAACAAAGCUGAAGGUUGAAUGGAGCGCAGAGAACUGCUUGCCCACCGAGCCUGUGUUUGUUCCUAGACCUGGUGCGAGUGAAGAGGAUGAUGGUGUAGUGCUAACUUCAGUCAUAAACGGUAAUCCCGGAGAGUCUGACUUUCUUCUGGUGCUUGAUGGGAAGUCAUUCCAAGAAAUGGCACGGGCUAGCGUGAAUGUGGAGCUGCACAUAGACAUGCAUGGUUUCUUUAUACCACAACAUGAUACUGAACCUCCACCUGCUGAUGGCACAGCUACAGAAUCUUCAACCCGCUGUUGAAUAUGUACUUUGGACUAGAAUGUGAUGGUUUAACUUUAAAAAUGACUAAAAUCUUAUGUUGGCAUGUUAAAAACAUGACAUAUAUCUAUAAACUGUGAUGUGUGCAAGUUUUUUUGGCAUUAUCAAAGACUCAUGGCAUUAUUAAAGAUAAUAAGGUCACUUUGGAUACAAGUAUGUGCCAAUAAAUAAACGGGGCAUUCCUAAGCUGAAA